AUGCCGUCUCUGCGACCAAAACCCAAGGUUAUUCGGUGCGCUCCAACAUGUGCGUUCACUUGUGUCAAAGUCGAAUUGUACCAUUCUGACUAGGUUAUCGUAGCUCGGCAUAAACCUGACACUGCACAAGGAUACAUCGAAAGUGAUAUGUCAAAAGUGUUUUCGUAACAUAAGUAAGGUUGAAAAAACAAUGCGUGUGUUGCAUGCAUGGAAAGCUGCAACGCAAACACCGGCGUUUGGAACUCCCAGCGAAGAAGUUGUGAAGGCCCAACAGAGCCCAAUAGAGACAUGGAGAGACGCUACCAAGACGAGGUGCUUUAACUGUAAUUCCUUGAAUGAGGUCCCUGAGAAGAAGCGACAACGGGAACCAAGCCCACCAGCUACAGGCAGGGGUGCCAAAAAGAGAUGCGAUGCCUCUACAAAGGCCCCUGAGAAGAACAUUAUGGUUGAGGUAACUAUAACGUUAUACCUCUAUAACCCUAACAUGAUCAUGUAUAGCUACAACUCUCUCUAAUGUAGGCUAUCUCUGAGAAAUGGACUCUGGCUAUACUAACCAGCAGCUUAUACGGCUGUCGAUGACCAUUGGAUUUCCAUCUGAAACCUGUAUGCAUGCUGGUGGUAUGUUUGUAGUGUUUCUGAGGAUCUAUUCAUGAAUGAACUGUUGCACUCUCCAGAACGUGUGUGUAACACCUAGCCCCCACACUGGACAUGCAACACCUAGCCCCCACACUGGACAUGCAACACCAAGCCCCCACACUGGACAUGCAACACCAAGCCCCCACACUGGACAUGCAACACCAAGCCCCCACACUAGACAUGCAACACCAAGCCCCCACACUGGACAUGCAACACCAAGCCCCCACACUGGACAUGCAACACCAAGCCCCCACACUGGACAUGCAACACCAAGCCCCCACACUGGACAUGCAACACCAAGCCCCCACACUGGACAUGCAACACCAAGCCCCCACACUGGACAUGCAACACCAAGCCCCCACACUGGACAUGCAACACCAAGCCCCCACACUGGACAUGCAACACCAAGCCCCCACACUGGACAUGCAACACCAAGCCCCCACACUAGACAUGCAACACCAAGCCCCCACACUAGACAUGCAACACCAAGCCCCCACACUGGACAUGCAACACCAAGCCCCCACACUGGACAUGCAACACCAAGCCCCCACACUAGACAUGCAACACCUAGUCCCCACACUAGACAUGCAACACCAAGCCCCCCACACUGGACAUGCAACACCAAGCCCCCACACUGGACAUGCAACACCAAGCCCCCACACUGGACAUGCAAGACCAAGCCCCCACACUGGACAUGCAACACCAAGCCCCCACACUGGACAUGCAACACCAAGCCCCCACACUAGAUGUGUAUUUUCAUAAUGUAGGUCUAAUGACUGCUCUAUAUUGUCUUGCAGGUUGUCAUUACAUAUGACCCAAAAUUGAGUCAUCCAAAACCAGGAGUCGCUUCCUCUGACAACAAGGGAAGAAUGUGGAAGCAGAAGAGGAAGGUAAUUGCUUCAGAAUUUUCGGGCAUGAUUGAAAACUUGGCAAUGGGCAACGUGGUGACCUUCGCAAAGUUAUCCUUGACAAAUGACAAUAUAUCCAAAGAAAUCAGAAAGCAGAUUGUAAAGAAAAUGCAAGCGGAGGUCAAGGCAUAUGCAAGCCUCCCUAAUGUUUUUGAACCUUGCAUCUUGAGUAGUACCUCGUUGGAGAAUCUGAAGGCUUUUUCAUAUGAGUUGUCCAGGAAGACACCGUGGCUUUAUACCACCAUCAAUACUGCAACGGGUGGUUCCACCGUCCAUAACUGUGUGGCUGCCUCUGUGGCCCUGAGAGGUAGAAACCCCAGGCUUUCUGCACUGGCCUAUGUCAUCAACUCAACACUGACCCAAGGGGGGGGUUAA